AUGGAAAAGUUUCGAGAGAAAAUCAAUAGUAUUCGUGCUGAAGCUGAAGCAGCCACUGCCAGAGCCGAGGAGCUUGAGACCAAGGUCAAAGCACUGGAACAAGAGGUUAUGCAACGCGACCAUGAGAUCAUUUCACUCAACAAUCAGAACAAGUACCUUGCCGAAGAUUUGGAAAAGGCACAAGACAAGAUCACGCAACUCAAGAGUUUGGAGAAUGAGGAUGAUGACUUGAAGAAGGAGAAUGACGCGGCACAACGCAAGAUAACACUCCUUGAAGAAGAGCUUGAGUCGUCUGACAAGUCAUUGCGGGAGGCUACCAAAAAUUUCCGAGAGGCUGAUGUCAAAGCCGAACAUUUUGAACGCAAGGUACAGCAAUUGGAAAGCCUUUUAGCUGAUGAAGAAAAGAAGGGUGAAGAACUUAAGGCCAAGAACCAAGGAUUGCAGGCACAACUAGAUGAGUUCCAUGCACAGCUAGAAGAGAUUUGA